AUGAUUGAGAUCGGAUCAGCUAAUGCUUUCAAGGUGACUUCGAUGUCUCAUUACACAGACGAGCCUCGCUUCACCAUCGAGCAGAUCGACUUGCUCCAGAGGCUGCGGCGUACGGGCAUGACCAAGCAGGAGAUCCUACACGCCCUGGACACCCUAGAUCGGCUGGACCGCGAGCACGGGGCCAAGUUUGGACAUCGCACCUCCUACGGGGGAGGAGCAAGCAGCUCUGUGUCAGACCCUAAUUGCACCACCUCCAACAACACUGCAGCCACCACCUCCUCAUCCAGUAUGACUGUUGAUGAUAAUAAUAAUAAUAAUUCCACCAGUGGGAGCAGCGAGGUUAACAACACCACCCUGGCCUCUUCCUGCACCAACUCUACCGUCGCACAGACACAGUACCUCUCACCGCGCGGGGGGCUGUCCCCGUCGCCUAGCAACAGCUACGACACCUCCCCACUGCCCUCCGCCGUCCGCCACUCCCCAGUGUCACUGGUCACCAUGGCGCAGAACGGGGGGCGGGACAGCCUGGCGGCGACGCCCAAUGGGAAGCUCUCGCCGCCGCGGUACCCGGUGAACAGUGCAGCGGCCGCCAGGGCGUUCGGGUUCGAGGCAACUGAGGAGGAGCUGGAAAUCGAUGACAAGGUGGAGGAGCUCAUGAGGAGAGACGGCAGCAUUGUGAAGGAGGAGAUCAAGUCGUUCCUGGGGAACAGGAGAAUCUCUCAGGCUGUGGUGGCCCAGGUCACAGGAAUCAGUCAGAGCAGGAUCUCUCAUUGGUUGCUUCAACACGGCUCUGACCUCAGUGAACAGAAGAAGAGAGCUUUCUACCACUGGUACCAGCUAGAAAAGACCUCCCCAGGUGCCACUCUAAACAUGCGACCCGCCCCCAUGGCCAUGGAGGAAAUGGAGUGGAGACAGACCACACCCCAUAUAAGUACCGCCCCAGGAAUCUUCCGGCUACGCAGAGGAAGUCGUUUUACCUGGAGGAAAGAAUGUCUGGCUGUGAUGGAGAGCUACUUCAAUGACAACCAGUACCCUGACGAAGCUAAGAGAGAGGAGAUCUCUAACGCCUGCAACGCGGUCAUCCAGAAACCAGGGAAGAAGCUAUCGGACCUGGAGAGAGUCAGCUCUCUUAAAGUCUACAACUGGUUUGCCAACCGACGCAAGGAGAUCAAGAGACGAGCUAAUAUUGAAGCCACGAUCCUGGAGAACCAUUGGAUAGACGUCCAGAGUCCUGGAGGACAUUCCAACAGCGACGACAUCGAUGGAGGCGACGACACAGAACAGGCCUGUGACCUGCCCUACUUCGACAAGAGACCCAUGGCCAGACCCUUUGGCUUCUACAGGCUGGAGCCCACUUCACCCACACAGGACGAUGGUACUGACCACCAGGACCCCAUCUCUCUGGCUGUGGAGAUGGCUGCAGUCAACCAUACCAUCCUGGCUCUGUCCCGGACUGGAGGGGUGCCCAGCAACAUCAAGACAGAGGUCCCGGACGAUGACUGAAGAGGUGGUUACUACUGGACAGUGACUGGGAGGAAGGAGUGGAGAGGGAAGGGUAAUAGCCAAGAGAGGAUAGGGGGUGUGUGUGAGAGAUUGUUUGUGGUUCAAGGAAUGUGAAGAUGACCAAAUGAAGCUAUCAAACUCCAGCCACCCUCCUUCCUUUUGUUCUCAGCUCCUCCACGGUCCCAGUGAACUGUACCCUCCUUCCCCUUGUUCUCAACUCCUCCACGGUCCCAGUGAACUGUACCCUCCUUCCCCUUGUUCUCAGCCCCUCCACGGUCUCAGUGAACUGUACCCUCCUUCCCCUUGUUCUCAGCUCCUCCACGGUCCCAGUGAACUGUACCCUCCUUCCCCUUGUUCUCAGCCCCUCCACGGUCCCAGUGAACUGUACCCUCCUUCCCCUUGUUCUCAGCCGCUCCACAGUCCCAGUGAACUGUACCCUCCUUCCCCUUGUUCUCAGCCCCUCCACGGUCCCAGUGAACUGUACCCUGUCUUGUCCUCAUCGGAGUGAAAAAGUUGAGUGGAUGGUAAUAAAUGGCUGUUUUUCUCUGGACCUCCACCCCGAUAUGGUGCCACUGGCCCUGGGGCCCUGGUCAAACCGUCCCCCCACUCCUCCUCUCUGAGCCCAGACCCACAUACCUCAAUCCUGCUGUACUGUAUAUAUGGUAUCUGUUCUCAUCAGAGACAUAGAAUAGAAGUCUGUUCUAGAACGUUCUAGAAUAGAAGUCUGUUCUAGAAUAGAAGUCUGUUCUAGAAUAGAAGUCUGUUCUAGAAUAGAAGUGAUACCAUUUCUAUGGUUCUCAUACUGACUCAUCGUGUGCUGCCCUGAACCCAUUUCCUUGUGCAAUGCAUUGGUAGCCCAUCAGUGGCCUCUUACUAACACUGCUGGAAGAGAGGGAGAGAUGUAGUUUAUCACCCUGCCAAAGAACAGUCAGUUGACUACUCAUCUGUGGAUUGGACUGUUCUGGUUUGGACAAGACUGCUCCCGACUGUUCAAUGUAUCCUGCAGUCUACAGCUUUCAUUCCUACUGGAAUCUUAACGUUCGGUUGGUAAACCAUUGACAUUAUAAAUUGUCCCAUGUUCGUUGUGCUCUUUCUAAAUGGAAUGGCCACCAGAAAUACAGAAGUCCAUUUUCUGCAGCGGACGGUUAAGUGCAUGUGUCAAAAAGUGAUCUGGAAGCCAGCAGUACCCCCCCCCCAAGGCCAAAUGAGAGACACAGCUAACUUCUGAUCAGUUUAGCCUUGUAGGCCAGUGGAUAUUAAAAGGGACAAUCUGUGAUUUGGUCAAUUUAUUUUCUGACUUAAAUAAUGAUAUACACCCAUUGAUUUUUUUUUUUGACAUAAUAUGACUUCAAACGGACCUGAGAGCUGUGUUACAGUGUUACAUAGAUGGUGAAUCUAAUAUUUUUUAAGAGUUACAUUUGAUCAAAAGUACAUUUAACUAACGGCGGGUGAGUUUCCUGGAAGUUUGGUAGCACUAAUAUUACGUCGUUUGACGGCAACGUGCGAAUGAUGAUCUCGGCGUCGACAGACGGUACAAAGCUUUUGGGUAACUCGCCCUCAUCGAAGGACGUAACAUGUCAUAUGAAAUGGAUGAGCACCACUUUCUAAACUACUUGUCUGGGGGAGGAAAAAAAUAUUUUAAAAAUAAUUUCCCCCCUCAGGGGCCGUACUGGAAGUAGAUUUCCUCGCUGUCAAAAUUCGCAAAAAGAUAUUCCUCUAACCAUCGUUUCUGGAAUUUGUGAUACUCCCUGACUGUCCAGCUUUAAUUUCAGUGAUUUAAUAGUGAGCUGGACACAGUCAAGGAACUGUAGGUCUAUUAGCGUUUCUAUGCGACAGCCCUGCUUUAAGGCGGGAGUGAAUAUCAGCAGACACUCGGCCCCCUGUGGACUGAGACCCCCCUGGUAGACGGUGUAUAUACAGUUCUUUCAGAUCCAUUCAUUCAUUGUCCACAUUUUGUUACAUUAGACCUAUUCUAAAAUGGAUGGAAUUGUUUUUAUUCCCCUCAUCAAUUCACAUACAAUAUCCCGUAAUGACAAAGAAAAAAAACAUGUAUUUUUUACUUUUUUUUGCAAAUGUAUUACAAAUAAACUCACAUUUAUGUAAAUAUUCAGACCCUUUACUCAGUACUUUGUUGAAACACCUUUGGUAGCGAUU